UGCUAUACGAGGAUGUAAUAAGUCGGUUUAAUCUUAAGUAUAUCCUAACGUAUAGAUUGAAUGAAUCUAAUUUCUAAUCGCUCGAAAGGGGGCUUGAAUGACCAUCCCGAUCGCCAACAAUUCAAGUAUCGCCUGCGCUCCUACAUCGUCGGAUUCAACGAGGGCGUGCUUUCAGACAGUGCGAAUGUGUCAAUCGACGACACUCCAGACAUUGAGUUGGAAAGCAACUCGCUCACAGGCAUCAUUUUCAAUAAAGUUUUAUUGAAAUCAGACGAAGGCAACGAAGAAAGUAGCGCGCAAGAGGAACAAGAAGUGGAAGGUCUGGAAAACGACGGGCUCGAAAUUCCGCGAGGUAUAUCUGUCGGCCGCUGUGGUGUAGUGGUAAGCAGUGCGCGCUUUCACUCAUCAGCACCCGGGUUCAAGCCCCGGUCAAGGCAACAUCGCAAAAAAUAUAGAAAAAAUGUUUUUUCUUAGCAGCGGUCGUCCCUCGGCAGGCAAUGGCAAAC